UCCGCCUCGCCCAGAGACCCGUGCGGGAGGCUGCUGCGGCCAGCCUCGGUACUGAAUGGGCUGGUGGCGCCCGGCUCCGUCCCGCCCGCCGCCGGCCCCCGCGCCUGCUCCCGCCCCGCCCGGGCCUCGGCCGGCCGCCGCCAGCCCCCGCAUGGGCUGUGAAUGAAAGGCGGGCGCCACCAGGGGCUGGCUGCAAGCGACGCGGCGACGCCGGCCUCCUGGGAGGCGCGCGCCCCGCGGAGAUGUACGGUGUGUGUGGCUGCUGUGGCGCCCUUCGCCCCAGGUACAAAAGGCUGGUUGACAACAUCUUCCCUGAGGAUCCCGAGGAUGGCCUGGUGAAGACCAACAUGGAGAAGCUUACCUUCUAUGCCCUCUCCGCUCCAGAAAAGCUAGACCGGAUCGGUGCCUACCUCUCUGAGAGGCUCAUCCGUGAUGUGGGUCGCCAUCGAUAUGGGUAUGUGUGCAUCGCCAUGGAGGCACUGGACCAGCUGCUCAUGGCCUGCCAUUGCCAGAGCAUCAACCUCUUCGUGGAGAGUUUCCUCAAGAUGGUGGCCAAGCUGCUGGAGUCGGAGAAGCCCAACCUGCAGAUCCUCGGCACCAACUCGUUCGUGAAGUUUGCCAACAUCGAGGAGGACACCCCAUCCUACCAUCGGAGUUAUGACUUCUUCGUGUCCCGAUUCAGUGAAAUGUGCCACUCGAGCCACGACGACUUGGAGAUCAAGACCAAAAUCCGCAUGUCAGGCAUCAAAGGUCUGCAAGGGGUGGUGAGGAAGACUGUGAACGAUGAAUUGCAGGCCAACAUCUGGGACCCACAGCACAUGGACAAGAUUGUCCCAUCGCUGCUUUUCAAUCUGCAGCACGUGGAGGAGGCAGAGAGCCGGUCUCCCUCACCCCUCCAAGCACCAGAGAAGGAAAAGGAGAACCCAGCAGAACUGGCUGAGAGGUGCCUGCGGGAGCUGCUGGGCCGGGCUGCCUUUGGCAAUAUCAAAAAUGCCAUCAAGCCUGUUCUCAUCCAUCUGGAUAACCAUUCUCUUUGGGAACCCAAGGUGUUCGCCAUCCGUUGCUUUAAAAUCAUCAUGUACUCAAUUCAGCCGCAGCACUCCCACCUGGUUAUCCAGCAGCUCCUGAGCCACCUGGACGCUAACAGCCGCAGCGCGGCGACCGUGCGCGCGGGCAUCGUGGAGGUCCUGUCGGAAGCUGCGGUUAUCGCAGCCACCGGCUCAGUCGGGCCCACGGUGCUGGAGAUGUUCAACACUCUGCUGAGGCAGCUGCGGCUCAGUAUCGACUACGCGCUGACCGGCAGCUACGACGGGGCGCUGAGCCUGGGCACCAAGAUCAUCAAGGAGCACGAAGAGCGCAUGUUCCAGGAAGCGGUCAUCAAGACGAUCGGCUCCUUUGCCAGCACGUUGCCCACUUACCAGCGCUCUGAGGUGAUCCUCUUCAUCAUGAGCAAGGUCCCUCUGCCUUCCCUGCAUCAUGCCAUGGAGACAGGAAGGACAGGGGAGAACAGGAAUCGACUGACCCAGAUUAUGCUGCUGAAAUCCCUCCUUCAGGUAUCCACAGGUUUCCAGUGCAACAACAUGAUGUCAGCUCUGCCCAGCAACUUCCUUGACCGCCUCCUGUCCACUGCCCUCAUGGAGGAUGCAGAAAUCCGUCUCUUCGUUCUAGAGAUUCUCAUCAGUUUCAUUGAUCGUCAUGGCAACCGCCACAAGUUCUCUACCAUCAGUACCCUCAGUGACAUCUCAGUCCUGAAGCUGAAAGUGGACAAGUGCUCCCGACAGGACACUGUCUUCAUGAAGAAGCACUCCCAACAGCUCUACAGGCACAUCUACCUGAGCUGCAAGGAGGAGACGAACAUACAGAAGCACUACGAGGCCCUCUACGGCCUGCUGGCGCUCAUCAGCAUUGAGCUGGCCAAUGAGGAGGUGGUGGUGGACCUCAUCCGCUUGGUGCUGGCUGUUCAGGACGUGGCCCAGGUCAAUGAGGAGAACUUGCCUGUGUACAACCGCUGUGCACUCUACGCUCUGGGCGCAGCCUACCUGAACCUCAUCAGCCAGCUCACGACGGUACCUGCCUUCUGCCAGCACAUCCACGAGGUGAUCGAGACCAGGAAGAAGGAAGCUCCAUACAUGCUCCCUGAGGAUGUGUUCGUGGAGAGGCCCAGGCUGUCUCAAAAUCUUGAUGGCGUGGUCAUCGAGUUCCUCUUCCGCCAGAGCAAAAUCAGUGAAGUCCUGGGGGGCAGUGGCUACAAUUCAGACAGGCUCUGCCUGCCCUACAUCCCUCAGUUGACAGAUGAGGAUCGCUUAUCCAAGAGAAAGAGCAUCGGAGAGACCAUUUCCCUACAGGUGGAAGUGGAAUCAAGGAACAGUCCAGAGAAGGAGGAGCGAGUGCCGGCCGAGGAGAUUACCUAUGAGACCCUGAAGAAGGCCAUAGUGGACAGUGUAGCAGUGGAGGAACAGGAGCGUGAGCGGCGGCGACAGGUGGUGGAGAAAUUCCAGAAGGCGCCCUUCGAGGAGAUUGCAGCCCACUGUGGGGCUCGGGCAUCACUGCUGCAGAGCAAACUCAACCAGAUCUUUGAAAUCACCAUUCGGCCCCCUCCGAGCCCAUCAGGAACCAUCACUGCAGCCUACGGCCAGCCACAAAACCAUUCCAUCCCUGUCUAUGAGAUGAAGUUUCCCGAUCUGUGCGUAUACUGAAUUCCAAGAGAUGGAGCCCCUCAGAGGAACAGGGUCUGAGGGAGGGGCUCACCUUCACACCCACCCCUACCUUGCAGAAAUGUAGCUGGGAUCUCCAAGAAACAGUCACCUUGGAUGGCGACCGGCUAAGCAAAGGUGGCGCCUCUGGGCCUUCUCUGGUCCUUUAUGGCCCUCCUGCCUCUGCCUUGUCUUCCCUGAGGGAGACCCAGCCACCUGCCCCUCUGGGGCCAAUAAGCAUCUCACCUGCACCUUUUUUCUUCUCUUUUGUGUCAGCCAGGGACAGAGAAUCAUGGGGGUGUCUGCAGAGAGAAGCGGAAAGGUCGGGAAAGUUCCAUCUGUGUUGCGGGGGCAGGGGUAAAGGGCUUCUACUGGGGCUGUGUCUAUGGGAGCACAUCUCAUCUCCUGAGGAGAGAAGUAGGUGGAGACUUGGUUGGUCCAAAGAGGCCACCUACAGUUGGCACUGGGAGGAACCAAGGAAUGCUCCCCUUGUAAAGUGACAGUGUCAGAGGUGGAAGAUGGUGGCAGUUAUCCCGAGCAGCCUUCUUCCUCCUCUACUCAAGUCCUGAGUGUGCUGCAUGCUCUUGUCCACCCUUCAGCUGUCUGUGUUUCUUUCUACUGUUAAUGAACAUGGAGCCCUUCCAGGGUGAAGACACCCUAGGGGCAGCAAAGGUAGAGGGAAGGGCAGGCAGGCCUGGCGAUAGCAGGGCUGGUUCUCCCAGACUGGGCAGCAGGGCGCUAACAAGGACCUGCCUUCUGUCUUGGACAGACAAGCAGGGCAAGUCCUGCCCCUGUGUAGCAUCUUCUCACCUCCUUCUUUUCCUCGGAGGGGGCUUGUGCUGGCCCUCCCAUGGUUCUCUCUUCUGGAUGUUUCUCUGAGUUAGUCACAUUCUCUCUUUGAUAUCUUUCUUCCAAGGAUCCCAAGACAUUUCCGCAGCCUGUGGGUUGAGGGAAGGCAGAACAAGGUAGUCUGAUUCUUAAUGACUCAAAAAAGGGAAGGAAGUGCAGGGGCCAGAGGCCUGCCCUGCUGCCUUCCCUGGAAGAGGCUCGCAGCCUGGGCCUGGGAAGGAGUGAUGGGGAAUGGGACAAGUGGCACUUUGGGACUCAAGAAUGUCCAAAAUCAACCUUUGGGAUAUUCCGUUUGAGCAUAUUGGGAUCUGGCAUCUAACACUGGAAUGGUUUCUUCACUCUCUACAUGAAGUCGGGGACAUUGAGGCCAACUGACCUUGCCUGUGUCCUGGGGAGAAAUGGUAGAGACCCCGUUGGGCUCUGGGACUCAUUUUCCCCAAGGUUUGCCUGCCUGUCCUUGUGUGGCGUGCAUGUUCAGAGCCAGGCAGGGCGUAAAGGAGGUCACUUGCUGCUUUCUCUCCUGUCUGUGCUUCCCUGUCCCUCCUCCAGGUACCUUUAUGCCUCCUGGAGAGCUCCUGGCAGAUUCUCACCUGGGUCUCCUCCACGGCAGCACCCCAUGGUCCAAAAUAGCCCUUUCCUUUUAUUGCAGUCAAACUUCCCAGUGGCUCUUCAGAGCUGAUACAAUUCACAGUAAGGUGCGAAUGGUCAAAUAAUCCCUCCCUGGGGAAUUUGCUUUUUUAAAGAGAGGAAGGGAGAAUCAAUUUAUUGGGCUAAAGGAAUCACUGUUUAGGGUAUAAUUUUAGGCAGUGUGGCAUGGGGUCAGAAGGGAGCUGUUUCUGCUGAGGGGAGAGCAGGGUGCCCUCAGAUCACACCCCUGUGCGUGGCCCUGUGUAGAUACACAGUGAGAACCUGCUCAUUAGGACAGAAGGGUACUUAUUCCAAAAUUGGGAGAAACUUAGCACAGGCAGUUCCCCAUUGUGUGAGCAGUAAACGUUGUGAUGGGGGCUGCUGGACCCGCAUCCCUGUAGUCUCCACACUGUGGAUGCAGCUUUUCCCCAUGGCCACCACCCCUAUGCUGUGGGCACGUGGCUUCUGCAUGGCCUGCAUGAUCUCAGGCCCAGGGGGUGAGGCUUCUGUUACCCCAUGGCUUUUUGAUUCAGUUCUGUGACUUUUGGCUUAUGAUCAACCCAACUUUGCAAGCAUGAACUUAGAUUACUCUUUAAUAUCUCUUUAUUAAGAAACCAAGUUUAAAAUAACUUUAAAUAAACUUAAAAGUUUAACUUUAACAUAAAAAAAAAAAACCUUUGGAAGAAACAUUAAAGAAAACCUAAACCUUGAGCCACAAACAUGUCUUUCCCCACCAGC